UGUGCACUUUUCCCACACUGGAUUCAUAUGUUUCUUCUGCGCAAAAUCUACACCAUUUACUGAGUUUGCACCAAGAGUAACACAUUGAAGGAUGGCACGGAAGACUGUGGGCUGUCGUCUCAAUGGUCUGGAGAUCUCGCUCAUAGUUCUCUUCCUUUUGAUGACAGCAGUGUCAGUGGGGCUUAUCACGGUCUUGGCCCUCAAAUUGGAUUCAGAAAAACAAGAAGUGACUCCAGAGGAACCGACCCCCACAGUAAAUCCUCAAGAGAACCCGUAUCUGAUCGGUGUGGGUCGUGCAGACUGCACAGGGCCUGUGGCGGAUUUGCCUAUGAUGGGUUAUGCCAAUACUGAGCAGACUGCGAGAGGGAUCCACACACGUCUGUUCAGUCGAGCCUUCAUUGUGGAUGACGGCAGUAAAAGAGUGGUGUUCGUGACUGCGGACAUCGGCAUGGUCUCUCAGAGACUGAGGCUUGAGGUUUUUCAAGAGCUAAAGGCGAAAUAUGGAGACCUGUACAGACAGGACAAUGUGGUCAUGAGUGGCACGCACACACAUUCAGGCCUGGGUGGCUUUUUCCAGUACACACUCUUUAUGAUCACCAGUAAAGGCUAUAUUAAGCCAUCUAUACAAGCCAUCGUCAGGGGAAUAGUCAAGAGUAUUGAUAUAGCUCAUAGGAAUUUGAGACCUGGGCGAAUUUUCAUAAAUAAAGGACAACUAGUCGACAACAACUUGAACAGAAGCCCACAUUCAUACUUGAACAACCCUGAGGAGGAGAGAAACAGAUAUGAAUUCAACACAGACAAGCAGAUUGUCAUCAUGAAAUUCACAGAUCUGGAUGGGGAUGGUAUGGGGUUGCUCAGCUGGUUUGCUGUCCAUCCCGUCAGUAUGAAUUACACCAAUCACAUGGUGAGCUCGGACAACCUUGGCUACGCCUCCUAUGCCUUCGAGCAGGAGAAAAACAUUGGCUUUCUUCCCGGUGAGGGUCCUUUUGUUGCCGGCUUUUCCUCCAGUAAUCUUGGAGAUUCAUCUCCCAACAUUCGCGGCCCCGUCUGCGUGAACACAGGCGAGAAGUGUGACUACCUUAACAGCUCCUGCCCCGUCGGUGGAAAAAAAGCAUGCAUAGCUUUUGGACCGGGUGAGGACAUGUUUGAAAGCACCAGGAUCAUAGGAGAGAAUAUGUAUAAAAAAGCAAAGGAGCUGUACAGCAGUGCAAAGCAGGAGUUGCACGGGUCGGUUCACGGCGCACAUCAGUGGGUCAACAUGACCGAUGAGACUGUCCCAUUUAACUCCACUCAUUCAGGACGGACGUGUAAACCUGCUCUGGGACACAGUUUUGCCGCUGGUACAACCGACGGAGGAGGCGAAUUCAACUUCAUACAAGGGGAUACAGAUGGAGACCCCUUUUGGGAUGGCAUAAGAGAUGCGCUUUUGGGACCCCCGUCUAAUGAGUCCAAGGCUUGUCAUUGGCCUAAACCAAUCCUCGUCAGCACCGGGGAGAUGGAUUCACCCCUCCCAUGGCAUCCUGCCAUUGUGGACGUUCAGAUCAUCACUAUUGGCUCUUUAGCCAUAGUUGCAGUCCCUGGAGAAUUCACUACCAUGUCAGGGAGAAGGAUACGGGAGGCAGUCAAAAAGGAGUUGGAGGUGCAAGAGUCUUUCACUAAUGCAGAGGUGGUUGUCGCUGGUCUCUGCAACAUCUACACCCACUACAUCACUACAUACGAAGAGUAUCAGAUCCAGCGAUAUGAGGGCGCAUCCACCAUUUUUGGCCCUCACACUCUCUCGGCUUAUAUCCAGCGCUACAGAGGACUGGCCAAAGCUAUUGCUCAUGGAACAAUAGGAGAAUUGCCAAAGGGUCCCGAACCCCCUUUCUUUCAUGAAGACACACUUUUUAAUCAAGUGAAGGACCCCGUGGCAGAUGUAGCACCAGCUAACACCACCUUUGGUGACGUCUUACAGCAAGUUAAUCCUGUUUAUAAAGUGGGAGAAAUGGCAUCUGUCACAUUUGUUGCUGGAAACCCGAGACACUCUGGAGAUAUUAGAGAUAAGACAUUGGUCACAGUGGAGAGGUUUCACAACGACACCAACACAUGGGAAAUAGUUCACACGGAUGCAUCAUGGGAAACAAGGUUUCACUGGAUUAAAGGAUUUGCCGGCCGGAGUCAGUCAGAAGUGGAGUGGCACAUCCCGCUCACAGCGCAGACAGGAACCUACCGGAUUCAACACUUUGGACAUUACAAACAAUCCAAGGAUAACAACACCAUCAUCAUGCCAUACGUGGGCGCUUCUGAUGCUUUCGAAGUCACCAGAAGUUUUUACUACUUUUGAUCAGUCAGUGUAUCACUGAGGAAGAACAUUAUAUGCUGUAGAAUAUUAGCUGUUUAGUGCUCAGUUAACAGCAUCAAUCUGUAAACUAAUGUUGUUGUCUAAGGUAAACAUGCAACAAUAGUAUAUGCCAAAUGCACAAACAUCGACCUCUCUGCCUUUUUUUAUUUCUAAGGUGAAAUAGUUGUUUGGUAAAGUAGCCUAUAUCGAUCUGUUCCAGUCCUAGCUUCUGAUUGGUCUCUGCUGCUAAAAUAAAUACAAUAUUCACAAUAUUGUACAGCACACAUAGAGGCAAACUGUUAAAGUUAUGUAGGUAUGUCUUCUGAAUGUAUUUAAUAAAAUCAUGUAGGCCUAUUAAUUUGAA